AUAAUCACUUAGAGAUUCUGUACCUUAUAUAUUUAGAGCCACGCCAUGUCGUAUUCCUGUUCCAUUCAGCUCGAUCACAUAUUGACAGUCAAAGCAACCUCUCUAUACCAGUUGACUUAUUAUCGGACCUGGAAGUCAGAGCUUCGUCAUGGCAGUAACUAAAGUCCUUAUCACUGGGGCCACCGGAUAUAUUGGAGGCUCCGUCCUGGCAACCCUACUUACAUCCAUAAACCCUAAGAUCAGGGGGAUUAGCAUAUCGGCCCUAGUACGCAAGCAGGAGCAAGCAGCUAUCCUAAAGGAGAACGGCGUUAAUGGUAUCAUUUUCAGUGGGCUUGACGACACGGACUUUGUAAGAAAGGUCGCCAGCGACCACGACUUUGUCAUAAAUACCGCCAACGCAUUCCACUUCCGCGCAGCCGAGGCUAUAAUCCUCGGCCUUGCAGAUCGCAAGAAGCAAACGGGCAAGGAUGUCUAUCUGAUACAUACCUCUGGAACAUCGAGUCUCGGUGAUUUUCCAAUCACUGGCUCCUAUACCGAGACACGAGUCUUGUCCGAUAAGGACGAUAUUUACACCUACCUACGCCACCGCGAGGAUUUAGAACCCUACCAGCAGCGAACUACCGACCUCGUCGUCUUUGAAAAAGGUGAGGCCGCUAGUAUCAAAACUUAUAUUCUCAUGUCACCAACUAUUUACGGCUUGGGGAGUGGGCUAUUUAAUCGCACCUCUAUCCAGAUCGAUGCUAUAAUGCGCGCUGCUCGUCGUGAUGGUUUCACCUCUGUCAUUGGUUCUGGUGCAGCCGAGUGGGAUCAUGUCCACGUCGAAGACUUGGUCCAACUAUACGAGUUAGUGCUCGCUCGUCUGCUUGAUGGGGACAACCUACCGUCCAACAAAAAGGGAAUAUAUUUUAAUGAGACCGGACACCACUCGUGGCGUUAUCUAUCAGAACGCAUCUCAAGGGACGGAAACGCAUUAGGGUAUUUAACAUCCGACGAGGUGCGCGAGGUUUCACUUAAGGAGUGGAUUACUAGAUCUAGAAAAGCCCUAUCACCCCGUACGGUGGAGUUGGGCUUUGCGUCACGGUCGCGGACUCGGGCGGAUUUAGCCCGAGAGCUUGGAUGGAAGCCGACGAAGACAGAGAAGGACUUCAAAGAUAGUUUCAUGGAUGAAUGGAAGGUCAUUGCAAAGGAGGGAUAGAGGCUGCAUGUCAAAGUUUACAUGACACUAAAUUUAUAAUUUUUCAACAACCCUACAACGACACCACAGAUUCCGAAUCCAUAUAUUCUGAGCGCGCCGUCCUGCUCCCGUUCAAAAAUGACCUGCAAUAUGCAGCUCCUCGGAAAUUCUUCUCGUAUGCUCUCCAAAUUCCAACUAAAACGUACCGCCCUAUUUCUGGCUUUGAGUUUCCGUCUCUUUUAUCGAUCUACGGCAUCUCAUCUGAAGAUUGGUCACGAUUGACAUGCGAGAUCACGAGAAAUACAAGUCUUUCACUAUCGCAAUGGACAACGGUAUAUAGUGUAGGGAUUGGUAUACCUGGUUGCAAAACCAGUGCACGCUUUUUCAUUUGUUGAAUAUGUUUCAACCUAACCUAUACCAGGUAGAGUUCCGGAAUAAUAAUAUUCCAGUUUCACUU